CGGCGCCUCAUUUCCCAGAGAUCUUCCUUGGAGACCCUGGAAGAUAUCGAGGAGAACGCCCCUCUCCGGAGAUGUCGAACUCUCUCAGGUUCGCCCAGACCAAAGAAUUUUAAGAAGAUUCAUUUUAUCAAGAACAUGCGGCAACACGAUACCAGGAAUGGCAGAAUAGUCCUUAUCAGUGGCAGAAGAUCCUUCUGUAGUAUAUUUUCGGUGCUGCCGUACCGGGAUAGUACCCAGGUCGGGGACUUGAAGUUGGACGGAGGAAGACAGUCAGCCGGCGCCGUGAGCUUGAAAGAGAUCAUCGGUCUGGAAGGUGUGGAGCUGGGUGCUGACGGGAAGACCGUUUCCUAUACCCAAUUUCUGUUACCCACAAAUGCCUUUGGAGCCCGGAGAAAUACCAUAGACUCCACCUCUUCCUUCUCCCAGUUUCGUAACCUGAGUCACCGCAGCCUCUCCAUAGGCCGAGGGAGUGGCACCCAGGGGAGCCUCGACACAGGUAGUGACCUGGGAGACUUUAUGGACUAUGACCCAAAUCUCUUGGAUGACCCCCAGUGGCCUUGUGGCAAGCACAAACGCGUUCUGAUCUUCCUUCCUUCUUUUACAACCACGGUGAUUGACUAUGUGAAGCCCUCGGAUCUCAAGAAGGACAUGAACGAGACCUUCAAGGAGAAGUUUCCUCACAUUAAGUUAACACUCAGCAAAAUUAGGAGUCUGAAACGAGAGAUGCGGAAGCUGGCUCAGGAGGACUGUGGCCUGGAGGAGCCUACGGUGGCCAUGGCCUUUGUCUACUUUGAAAAGCUCGCCCUCAAGGGAAAGCUCAACAAGCAGAACCGGAAGCUUUGUGCUGGAGCAUGUGUGCUGUUAGCAGCCAAAAUUGGAAGUGACCUCAAAAAACAUGAAGUCAAGCAUUUAAUUGACAAACUGGAAGAAAAGUUCAGGCUGAACAGACGAGAACUGAUUGCCUUUGAAUUCCCCGUGUUAGUGGCCUUGGAAUUUGCCCUCCAUCUGCCAGAGCACGAAGUCAUGCCCCACUACAGACGCCUGGUCCAGAGCUCCUAGCCCUGGCUCCGAGGAGGGCCAAGGACCCUUUUCCUCUCAGCCCGGUGGAGCGAGGCUCACCACUGGAAACGCAGACAGAACUUAAAAUACCAGAUUUUUCCUCCUCCCAGUGUUUCUGUGGAGAAGCAGUACUAGAAACUUCCCAGGAGUCUCCAGUCUAGCCGAGAGGAGCUGUGAGCUGUGUACUGCUCAGCAAGGGAAGAGGAGAUGCGAGCUAAGAACAGAGGCCCUUCCCACUCUCCAAGAGCAAGAGUUCUCAGCUGCCCACCCUGGUCUCCCUCCCAGGCAUGCACAGGUCUUGCGAGUGGGGUCCAGGGACUUCUCCAGACCCGUUCCAACUUGGAGCGCGAAGGGCUUGAGCAUGGGGAAAUAGAACCUGCAGAAGUCGAGGGGAAGCUUUUAAAAGAUCCCCUCCCUGUGUCAAAGAGCGUGCCAACCUAAUUUUGUAUCAGCCAUGGGAAGUGCACUUUUCUCUGGGGUAUAUGGGUGGGUGGGGGGCUGUGGGUCUGAGAGACACUGUCUCAGCCCUAGGCCCCCAGAGCCAGGGUUACCCUUUACAGCGCAGACCCCAGCCUGGGGUCGGAAACCAAGCUGAGCUUCGGCAAGUAUUUCUAGAUGAUUCCUGGAUAAGAAUCACUCUCUCUGUACCAGAUUGUCUGGCAUCCUCCACCCUUAGGAAAUGACCUUGUUUCUGCUACUGCUCCUGCCACCACGGAGACAAAGAAGACAAGUUGUCAGUGUCGGAUGAGUCGCGUGGAAGGGUGUGGAGUGUGGCGUUCAGCACUUCCUGCCACCAUGCCGCGCACACCGAUGUAACCCUCGCACUUUCCCGCUGUGGGGACGGCUGGGGUGGCGCUCCACAGCGUGUAUUCCUGUGCUCUAUGUUAGAGUGCAUCAUAAGCACAUUUCCUGUGCUAUAUGUGUCUAUAUAUAAAAGUGUUUUCUAAAAACCCAGAAUAGGCGUGAGAGGCAUGAUCGGCAUUUGAGGCGUUUGCCAGCUGGGACACACUGCGUCUGGAGCUGUGGACAAGUCGACUGAGGAGGCAGUGACUCUUAUCUCCCCCACAUACCCAGCACUGUUAGUGCAGGACUGCAAUUGCGACUCGUUCUGACUCACUGGGGCGACCUGUACCAGGCCCAUCAUCAGGCCAGCACCUCAUCGCUACAAGAGGGAGGUGCUACCUCUGGUCCCCCUGACUCAAGACAGCCUGUGGCCGUGUAAAAAGAGAAUUAAACUCUGGUACUGUUUUAUAUACACCUGUA